AUGCCACGGUGCUUAACGCUUUGUCUCUUCCUUCUGCUGCUGGGGCCAGCGGUGCCGGGAAGCGGCAGGGAGCUGGCGGCGCUGAGGGAAGUGUUUUCGUCGCAUGGAACGACCUUCGUCGAUCUCAGGGUUCGCGCAUCACAAGUGACUGUGCCGUUGCGUGACUACGGCGACGGGGCGGUGUUUGUUUACACGGGACGUGUGUACUUUUACGAGGGCGUUGCCUCUCUUCCAGGCCCCGUGAUUCACGUCAAACCUGGGGGGAAGCUGGUCCUGCGGUUGCUCAAUGAUCUGGGCAAACAGAUGUAUGCACACAGUGCGGAGCAGCUGUACAACUUUCACGGGGUGAAUUCCACAAAUGUUCAUUUCCACGGUGUGCAUGGCGAUCCCCACGUUGAUGACGUCUUUAAGGCCGCCGCUCCGGGGCAGUUUAUGAAGUAUGAAUUGAACAUACCGAAGAAGCACCUUCCUGGAUUGCACUGGUAUCACACCCACUCCCACGGCUCGUCCUACCUGCUACUCAUGGGGGGAUUGUUUGGAGCUUUUAUUGUUGAUUCGGCAAAACAUGAUACGCUGGCCUCAUUGCACUCAUUUGUCUUGAUGAUACAUUUGUAUCGCUUGGGCAUCUCAAAGCUCUGUGAUGGAAUGACUAUGGAGAGCGUGGACACUGCCAUUGGAACAAACAUGUCAUCGAGACCCCGUAUUGUGAGCAAGAGUGGAAAAGAACUGCCGCUGCCCCCGGACUUGUUUCUCGUCAAUGGGCAACACAAGCCGACCAUAAUGGUAAAACGCGGCGAGCCUACACUUCUUCGUUUGGCUUUUGCGGCUGGGUCGUGCUACCUGAACAUUAGCUUUCCGAAGGAGUGCCGUUUCUACGUGGCAGCCAUCGAUGGAGUUCCGCUCAAGUGUACACGUGAGGUAAAGGGGAAUUGGCUGUACUUCACAACUGCCACCCGUUACGAUGUGGUGACAAUAUGCGGAAGGGAUGGAGAGGGGAAGCUUCCAGUCAUGUUGGCGAGAUUGGGGGAGCCCAUAUUUUAUAUAGGUCUCAGCCCAAUUUUGCCGAAACGAGAACGUCGUCGCUCGCAUUGUUGUCAUCCCGAGGAGUUGACAUUUCCUCUCUGUUUUAGAUCUAGGGAUGCGGCCUACUUGACUGCGGGCAAGCCAACAUUUAGGCGAGAUAUCUCCUUUUCGCAGUCAUGGAUUCCAGACCCAAAGCCCUACUACGGUAUUGGGUACGGCACGGACUGCUCGCCGCGUGCCAAUUCAACGACCUGCUUUCGUGAGCAUUUCUCAGGAAGGAAGGGGGAGGUGCUUGAGAAUUACCAUGGAUUUGUUGUCCCCCUUGGUGCGACGGUUGAGGCUCGCGUGUUUGGGGAUCCCACGAAUAGCACACCACAUCCGCUUCACUUGCAUGUGAAUCAUUUUGUGUUUGUGGGCUUUACUCCCCGCAAAGGGGGCCAACACGAGAAUUUUUCCAUGGCCGAUUUCGGAGUUUUCCCCGGGGAUAUGCGUGAUACAAUUCCCAUCCUUGAUGGUCAAACAAUUAUUCGUUGGCGCGCCGCCACUUUUACGGGUGAGGUGGUGUAUCAUUGCCACACUCUAACCCACGAGGACCGGGGCAUGAUGACCUCUUACCUCGUCUACUCUAGCGCGGUCGGAAGGGCCGGUGAAGAGCCUAACGUUGCUGUAGAUGAAAGCGUGGCAAAAAGGAACGCGGCCCGGCGAUUGUUUCUUGUGCCGGCGAUUGUGCUUUUUCUUUGUGCUCUGCUAUGUGCUCUUUGCGGGUGGCUGCGCGCCAACCCGCCGCAACCAGGCAAGUGGGCGCGCAAGUGCAAGGACCUGCUUCUGCACCGCUGUGACGAGGUAAAUCAGGCAGAACUUCAGCCCCUGAGGGCAAGUGACUGCUCGUAG